UCCCAAGGCCCAGCUUUCAUGGGUUUGCUUUUUAAUUCCCGGGAUUUCCUGUUCCGGAGGCUCGGGCGGCGCCUCUGUCGUGGAGGCUGUUAUAGUAACCAGGCUCGGCUUCCGUAGCGGCGACCCCAGGAUUCCCUAGAGGCUGUGGAGGAUGCAGGAAUGAAUGAAUGAACUGAUUUCAAAGAUCUAGUCACAUACUGGAGGAAUUCAACGUGGGCACACAUGACUGUCACAUACGGCAGAUUCUGAACUUACAUCGUGAGCAGAAGAUGUAGCUAAUCUACAGGACACAUCACAAUGCAAGGCAGUACGUGUCAUAGAAUGUCGUACCACCCAGGACGCGGGUGUCCCCGGGGACGAGGAGGACAUGGGGGAGGAGGAGGAGGAGGAGGACAUGGAGGACACGGAGGACAUGGAGGACACGGAGGACAUGGAGCCAGAGCCUCAGCACCAGCUUUCAGGCCCCAAAACCUGAGACUUCUUCAUCCUCAGCAGCCGUCUGCACAAUAUCAAUACGAGCCUCCGAGCGCCCCCUCUUCCUCGUACUCGAACUCUCAAGCCCCCAACUAUAUGCCCCCACGACCGGACUAUGCUCCUUACCCGCCACCGGUAGCACCGUCAGCACAAGGCCCUAUCCCACCCUGCCCAGUUAGACCCCCUUACCCCAACCACCAGAUGAGACAUCCUUUCCCAGUGCCUCCCUGUUUCCCACCCAUGCCCCCUCCAAUGCCUUGUCAAAAUAACCCCCCAGUCUCUGGAACACCUCCUGGACAGGGCACUUUUCCCUUCAUGGUCCCCCCUCCUUCUGUGCCUCACCCCCCUCCCCCUCCCGUCAUGCCGCAGCAGGUUAACUACCAGUACCCUCCCGGAUACUCUCACAGUUUCCCACCUCCCAAUUUCAACAGUUACCAGAACAACUCCAGUUCUUUCCCACCCAGUGCUAAUAACAGCAGUACCCCUCAUUUUAGACAUCUCCCUCCAUACUCACUCCCAAAGGCUCAGAGUGAGAGAAGGUCCCCAGAAAGGCUUAAACACUAUGACGACCACAGGCACCGAGAUCACAGUCAUGGGCGAGGCGAGAGGCAUCGGUCCCUGGAGCGCAGGGAGCGCGGCCGUAGUCCUGAAAGGAGAAGACCUGAUAGUCGCUACCGCUCAGAAUAUGAUCGGGACAGAACGCCGCCACCUCGCCACCGCAGCUACGAAAGGAGCAGAGAGCGGGAACGAGAGAGACACAGGCACCGGGAGAACCGCAGAUCGCCGUCUCUGGAAAGGUCCUACAAAAAAGAGUAUAAGAGAUCCGGAAGGAGUUAUGGUUUGCCAGUUGCUCCUGAACCCACUGGGUGCACACCAGAAUUACCUGGGGAGAUUAUUAAAACUACAGAUUCUUGGGCCCCAUCCCCAGAGAAUAUGAAUCAUCGUUCCCCAAGCAGGGAUAGGAAGAGAGCUCGCUGGGAGGAGGAAAAAGACAGAUGGAGCGACAGCCAGGGCUCUGGCAAAGAGAAGAACUAUACAUCCAUCAAAGAAAAAGAGGCAGAGGAGAUGCCUCCUGAGAAAACCGAGGAGGAGGAGGAAGAGCUCCUCAAGCCCGUGUGGAUCCGAUGCACACAUUCGGAAAGCUAUUACUCCAGUGACCCCAUGGAUCAGGUGGGAGACUCUACAGUUGUAGGAACAAGCAGGCUCCGUGAUUUGUAUGACAAAUUUGAGGAAGAUUUGGGGACCAGGCAAGAGAAGGCCAAAGCUGCCCGGCCUCCAUGGGAGCCUCCGAAGACAAAGCUAGAUGAAGAUUUGGAGAGCUCCAGUGAAUCUGAGUGCGAGACUGACGAGGACAGCUCCUGCUCAAGCAGCUCUGACUCGGAGGUGUUCGAUGUCAUUGCGGAGAUUAAACGCAAAAAGGCUCACCCUGACCGACUUCAUGAAGAACUUUGGUACAACGACCCGGGCCAGAUGAACGAUGGACCGCUUUGCAAAUGCAGUGCAAAAGCAAGACGCACAGGAAUUCGGCACAGCAUUUAUCCCGGAGAAGAGGCAAUCAAGCCCUGCCGUCCUAUGACCAACAACGCUGGACGACUUUUCCACUACCGGAUUACCGUCUCCCCGCCUACCAACUUUUUAACCGACAGGCCAACAGUCAUAGAAUACGAUGACCAUGAGUAUAUCUUUGAAGGAUUUUCUAUGUUUGCACAUGCCCCUCUGACCAAUAUUCCACUGUGUAAAGUAAUUCGAUUCAACAUAGACUACACGAUUCAUUUUAUCGAGGAGAUGAUGCCUGAGAAUUUUUGUGUGAAAGGACUUGAACUCUUUUCAUUGUUCCUAUUCAGAGAUAUUUUGGAGUUAUAUGACUGGAAUCUUAAAGGUCCUUUGUUUGAAGACAGCCCUCCCUGCUGUCCGAGAUUUCAUUUCAUGCCACGUUUUGUAAGAUUUCUUCCAGAUGGAGGCAAGGAAGUAUUAUCAAUGCACCAGAUUCUUCUCUACCUGCUGCGGUGCAGCAAAGCUCUGGUACCCGAGGAGGAGAUUGCCAACAUGCUCCAAUGGGAGGAGCUCGAGUGGCAGAAAUAUGCAGAAGAGUGCAAAGGCAUGAUAGUUACCAACCCUGGAACGAAACCGAGCUCUGUCCGCAUUGAUCAACUGGAUCGUGAACAGUUCAACCCCGAAGUGAUCACUUUUCCAAUUAUCGUUCACUUUGGGAUACGCCCUGCACAGUUGAGUUAUGCAGGAGACCCACAGUACCAAAAAUUAUGGAAAAGUUAUGUGAAACUUCGCCACCUUCUAGCAAAUAGUCCCAAAGUCAAACAAACUGACAAACAGAAGCUGGCUCAGAGGGAGGAAGCACUCCAGAAAAUACGGCAGAAGAAUACAAUGCGGCGAGAAGUCACUGUGGAGCUAAGUAGCCAAGGAUUCUGGAAAACUGGCAUCCGUUCUGAUGUCUGUCAGCAUGCAAUGAUGCUGCCUGUUCUGACCCAUCACAUCCGAUACCAUCAAUGCUUAAUGCACUUGGACAAGUUGAUAGGAUAUACUUUCCAAGACCGUUGUCUGCUUCAGCUGGCCAUGACUCAUCCAAGCCAUCAUUUAAAUUUUGGAAUGAAUCCUGAUCAUGCCAGGAAUUCUUUGUCUAACUGUGGAAUUCGACAGCCCAAAUACGGAGACAGAAAAGUUCAUCACAUGCACAUGCGGAAAAAAGGAAUUAACACCCUAAUAAACAUCAUGUCACGCCUCGGCCAAGAUGAUCCAACUCCUUCAAGGAUUAAUCACAAUGAAAGGUUGGAGUUCCUGGGAGAUGCUGUUGUUGAGUUUCUGACCAGUGUCCACCUGUAUUAUUUGUUUCCUAGCUUGGAGGAAGGAGGCUUGGCAACCUAUCGGACUGCCAUCGUGCAGAAUCAGCACCUUGCCAUGCUUGCAAAGAAACUUGAACUGGAUCGAUUUAUGCUGUAUGCCCAUGGGCCCGAUCUAUGUAGAGAAUCAGAUCUCCGGCAUGCAAUGGCCAAUUGUUUUGAAGCAUUAAUAGGAGCCGUUUACCUGGAGGGCAGCCUGGAGGAAGCCAAGCAGCUCUUCGGACGCUUGCUCUUUAAUGAUCCGGACCUUCGAGAAGUCUGGCUCAAUUAUCCUCUCCACCCACUCCAACUACAAGAGCCAAACACGGAUCGACAACUUAUUGAAACUUCCCCAGUUCUACAGAAACUUACGGAGUUCGAAGACGCAAUUGGCGUGAUGUUCACCCACGUCCGGCUUCUGGCGAGGGCAUUCACACUGAGAACUGUGGGCUUUAACCACCUGACCCUAGGCCACAAUCAGAGGAUGGAAUUUCUGGGUGACUCCAUAAUGCAGCUGGUAGCCACAGAGUACCUGUUCAUUCAUUUCCCAGACCACCACGAAGGACACCUGACGUUGUUGCGAAGUUCCUUAGUGAACAACAGAACUCAAGCCAAGGUGGCAGAGGAACUGGGCAUGCAAGAGUAUGCCAUCACCAACGACAAAACCAAGAGGCCCGUGGCCCUAAGAACCAAGACUUUGGCAGACCUUUUGGAGUCAUUUAUCGCAGCGCUGUACAUCGACAAGGACUUGGAAUACGUUCACACCUUCAUGAAUGUCUGCUUCUUUCCUCGGCUGAAGGAGUUCAUUCUGAAUCAAGAUUGGAAUGACCCCAAGUCGCAGCUGCAGCAGUGCUGCCUGACCCUGAGGACAGAAGGGAAAGAGCCAGACAUCCCCUUAUACAAGACUCUGCAGACAGUGGGGCCAUCCCACGCUAGAACCUACACUGUGGCUGUUUAUUUCAAGGGAGAAAGGAUAGGCUGUGGGAAAGGACCAAGCAUCCAGCAGGCAGAGAUGGGAGCAGCAAUGGACGCGCUGGAGAAAUAUAACUUUCCCCAGAUGGCUCAUCAGAAGCGGUUCAUUGAACGGAAAUACAGACAAGAGUUAAAAGAAAUGAGGUGGGAAAGAGAGCAUCAGGAGAGAGAGCCGGACGAGGCUGAAGACAUAAAGAAGUAAAGGAGGGUACGGAAGUGGCGCUGCAUUGGCUUCCUAAGAACUGUGACUGUUGCCCAUCGAGACCUAGCCUGGUUUUCCUUUAGACAAUGAAUGAAGUGUGCCCAUUGAAAUAAAACUCAAAGUCAAACUGC